GUCCAAAAAGGCAGUGAACAGGACAAACGGACAUUCAAAGAACGCAUCAACCAAACCAUUUUCCUCUUUUUCUCUCUCUCAUUACCUUUUUCUCUCCAACCCUCUUUUUAUCCAUCUGCAGGAUCAUCACUGUAACCAAUAGAUAAUAAUAUUAUUAAAAUAUAUAAAGAGAAGCCAAAGAAAAAGGGGUUGUCCUCUGUUUUACCUGUUACCUCUAUCGAUUUGCAGAGUGUUUUUUUUUUUUUUUUUAAAUCUUAGUAUAUAAAGUGACGAUCUUUGAGGUGGGUUUGGCUUUAACCUAGAUUGAAACCAUUUAGAAAAGGCAGAGAAUCAGAAAAAGACCAUCUUUUUUUUGGGUAGAGGGAGUUUCUAUUUGAUCAUGGCGGUUGCUGAGAAUGCUGGGGCGAAAAUCGGGUCAUCCGGUCAAAAUUUGGAAAACACUGUAGUAUCGUCUGACUCCAAUGCGGUAAAUGAUCCAGAUAAAUCAAAAACUAGGACUGCUUCCGUGACUGAUGCUAAGACUACUAAAGAAGCCAACUUUGAACAAGAAAAACCAGCAGCAGCCACCGACAGCAAUGGCAAUAGCAAUACUCAGAUGCAAAAUGGGUUUAAUGAAAAGAAUCAGCAGCAGAUGGUGACAAAGACUGCUGGGCUUAAUGGGUUUAGCAAUGUGGAAAAAGGGAGUAAUGGUGAAGUUUUCAAGAAUGAAAUGAGAGAUUUGGUUGAGAUUUUGUCGAAGCUUAAUCCUAUGGCUGAGGAAUUUGUACCUCCUUCCCUUGCCAAUCAUCAUCAUCAUCAUAAUCUUAAUGAUAACCACGAUCAAAACAAAAAUCAAGAUAAUCGCUUUUUGGGAAAUGGGUUUGGAUAUAGUACUGACAAUUUUGUAGUGCACGCUAAUUCUGGCAACGCCAAUGGAAAUGCUAAUAGAAGGAAGAGGAAUAACUCUAGCCAAGGGAAGAGAAGGUUGAAUAAUAGAACGAGCAGUGCACAGUGGGAGGAUGCAAUUAGGAAGACCGUUUAUGUAUCUGAUAUUGAUUUACAGGUUACUGAGGAGCUUCUUGCGGGUCUCUUUCUAAGUUGCGGACCGGUUGUUGAUUGUCGUAUAUGCGGUGAUCCUAAUUCUGUUCUCCGCUUUGCUUUUGUCGAGUUUUAUAGAGAAGAGGAUGCGAGGGCUGCUUUGAAUUUGUCUGGAACCAUGCUCGGUUAUUACCCUGUAAGAGUGCUGCCUUCCAAGACUGCAAUUGCACCUGUUAACCCAACUUUUUUACCCAGGUCUGAGGAUGAGCGGGAGAUGUGCUCAAGGACCAUUUACUGUACAAACAUAGACAAGAAGGUUACUCAAGCAGAUAUCAAGCUCUUCUUUGAAUCAGUUUGUGGGGAGGUUCAACGCUUGAGGCUAUUGGGAGACUAUCAUCAUUCAACUCGUAUUGCUUUUGUUGAGUUCACAAUGGCUGAAAGUGCAAUUGCAGCCCUCAACUGCAGUGGUGCAGUUUUGGGAUCACUGCCCAUCAGGAUAAGCCCAUCAAAGACUCCUGUUCGGUCCCGUGCUCUUCGCCCUGCAAUGCACUGAAUCAUUCUUGCUUGUUUCUUUCUCCUGGACUAAUCAACUGCCAAUAUAUAUAUAUAUAUAUAUAUAUAUAUAUAUUUACCCAUAUAUGCAUAGAUACAGCAGUAUAUUCGAGGUACUUUCGGCAUUAAUGUUAUCAUCUUGUCCCUGCAUCAUAGUCAGUAUCUUUGUUACUUAAGAGGAAGUUAAUCGCCGGUGGUUUCUUUAGCUUGUAGAGUUGGACAGGAUUUUGAGGACAGGAAUGUUAAAUUAUGUUGCAUAUUGCAAUGCACUCUCUAGGGGUGAUCCCUGAAGACAGAUUGUUGAGGCAUAUCUAACAACUGAUGGUUUUAAACAGACUACUUCUACUGCUCUUUAUGAUUUGUUUGUCGAGUUGGCUUCCUAUUGAAAUAAGUAAAUACAUUUUUCUUUCAUAGAUUUUCUGAUUCCAUGUCAAAUAUGAUAUACUAGAAAGUAGUAACAUCUGAAAAGUGGUCAGUACUCUAUAGUUAAUUAUUUAAAUGGUUGGUCACUUUGGCAAUUUGAGGAUGAAUUUAUUGUAUUUCAACUCUGCUUUGACUCGUUAGGAUUAAAAAAAA